CUAUAAAUAACCAUUCAUUCCUUAAAGACAUGACCUCAUUUUUCUUACUACACUUUGAAUUUGAUAAUCAUAAAAACAAAAAAAAACUCCCAUCAAAAUGUGUUUCAACCCCUUUGAUCUCUUCCUCUUUAUUUCUCUAAUUGUUUUCUUUAUCUCUCUCUUCCACAAAAUUAUAACACCAUUAUUCUCACAAAAACAACCUACCAUUUCAUCACAUGGUCCUCCAUCAUACCCUUUUAUUGGGUGCCUCAUUUCCUUCUACAACAACAGAGGGAGGCUCCUAAACUGGUACACCGAGUUGCUCUCUAACUCGCCAACUCAAACCAUCGUAGUUAGUCGAAUCGGAGCGGGAAAGGUGAUCGUAACGGCUAACCCUGAAAACGUUGAGUACAUUCUUAAGACAAACUUCCCCAACUUCCCAAAGGGUGAACCCUUAGCUGAGAUUUUAGGCGAUCUUUUAGGCCAUGGCAUAUUUAACGUCGACGGCGAGUUAUGGGCGACUCAACGGAAGUUAGCGAGUCACGAGUUUACGACGAAAUCUUUGAGAGAAUUUGUUGUUCAAACUUUGGAGGAAGAAGUUGAAGGUCGACUCAUUCCUUUGCUUCAACUCGCUGCUCAACAAAAUCAAAUCAUUGAUUUGCAGGACGUACUGAAAAGAUUCACGUACGAUUCAAUAUGCAAAGUCUCCUUAGGGAUCGAUCCAAACUGUCUAGACCUCUCUGCUCCAAUCCCGCCGCUUAUCGCCGCCUUCGAGAGCGCGGCCGAGAUCUGCGCCAAGCGAGCCACCAACCCAAUCUAUAUCAUCUGGAAGCUCAAGCGAGCUCUUAACUUCGGCUCCGAGAAACAACUAAAGAAUUCCAUCACUAAACUCCAUGAUGUCGUAAGUAACAUAAUUUCGAGUAAGCAACAAUCUCUUGCUGAUUCAAAAGAGACAGAAAAUGAUCAUGACCUUCUCUCCCGCUUCCUCUCCGCCGGCUACGGCGGCGAUCUAGCAAGGGACAUGGUGAUCAGUUUUAUUAUGGCGGGCCGUGAUACUACCGCAGCUGCAAUGACCUGGCUCUUUUGGCUUUUAUCGUCUGUGGACACGGCUGCUCGAGAGACUAUAAGGUCUGAGUUGGCAAGUGGGACCGACUCGAGGUCGGGCCCACUCGGGUUUGAGGUGGUGAAGAAAGAAAUGAGAUACUUGCAUGCUUGUCUAUGUGAGGGAAUGAGGUUGUAUCCUCCGGUACCGUGGGACUCAAAACAUGCCGUAAACGACGACGUUUUACCGGACGGGACAACAGUGAGGAAAGGGGACCGUGUUACGUACUUCCCUUACGGUAUGGGUAGGAUGGAGACUAUAUGGGGAGAAGACUGUUCUAACUUCAGACCAGAUCGUUGGUUUGAAAGAGAACCAUCUUUAUCAGAUGGAAACAAUGAUGAUACAAGAAAGUUAAAAAUGGUAAGUCCAUACGAAUACCCAAUUUUCCAAGCCGGACCUAGGGUAUGUCUAGGGAAAGAAAUGGCAUUUAUUCAGAUGAAGUAUGUCAUGGCUUCUAUCAUAAGCCGUUUCGAUUUCGAGCCGGUUAGUUCUGAGCCGCCGGUGUUCGUGCCCCUUCUAACGGCUCAUAUGCUCGGGGGGUUGAGAGUGAGGGUGAAGGAAAUCAUGAACAAGAAAUGAUCAAGUACGUAGUAUAUGACCUACACAAUGUCUACAUCAAAUUGAAAAAUAUCAUUGUCACUUCAAAAGCAUGUCAAUAUAUUGUAAUAUAUAUGUAAUUUUGCAUGUGGUA